CGUAGUAAUCGUCUGCCUAGGAGUAGGGAAGGUGGCAGGUUUCAAAAAGAUAAAAAAUGCCAACACCACCCAUUAAGAAAAGGCAUGGUAAAGAUCAGAAUGAGGACAAGAAAGAAACAGCAUCCAGGCCCCUUAGCGCAUUUAUGCUGUUUGCAAAUGAUGUGAGACCUCGAUUGGAAAUGGAAAACCCGAGUAUUAAGGCUGUGGACCUUAGUUCUAAAUUGGCAGAUUCUUGGCACGAUCUUCCGGAAGAAGAGAAACUGAUAUACCAUCGUCGUUCCCUUGACCUAUAUACACGACCCGAUUCGGAUCAGAAAACAUUUCCAAGACAAAAAGAGGAACAAAAGCGGAAAGCCCCAGAUAGACCAGAGCAUUGUAUAAUUGUACCAAACGGAGAAAUGAAAUUGAUAGACUCUCCAUUCAUUCAGAAGUCAAAACGAAGAAGAUAUGAACUUCCUUAUAAAUUUCCCCAAAGCUCGGAGUAUCAGCCACGUCCAAGACCUCCAAAACCUCAACCAAUAAAGAGACCACCACCACCUCGGCCUCUCAUACGUACCUACCCAACAUACAAGGAGCGGAUUCAGAUGAUGGAGCGUGGACUGUACCAUAAACAAGCUCCACCACACAUAGGUGUUUUCAAACGCAGCGAGGACAACCCAGACCUUCUUAUUGUCGACGAAUCAGGACAAACCACGAUAACUUUUCCAAACAUCGAAAGACACAAUGGUUAUGGUAAAAGUUACAGCAUUGGACCAUGUGUUUCUGGACUGAAAGGAAACAGUUACUUCCAUCCUAGAAUCAUUGGGAAUGGACAUCAUUAUGCCCAAUUUCAGCUUGCAUCGCCGUCGGUGAACUUAAUACCACGAAUGUAUCCUCAACAGUUCCAAAGAUUGCGAUACCCUUACCUGACGAAUGUCCACAGUUCCUACAUACAAGCGGCCCCUCAGUUGUACCAACAGACCAUCCCAGCUCAAACAUCCGUCUACUCAGAAAUAAAGUGCUCCCCUGUAACAACGGGUUCCAUUACUGUUCGCUAUGAGCCGGUAACAACAGAGUCGUUCGAGAACUUUGAGAUAUCAGAUGAUGAAUAUCUAGAACAGGAUCCUUUUCUGAACAUAAAUCUGAACGAAGAUGAAAUCCAGAUAGACGGGGACGAGGUGGAAUUCAAUAUGAUGGGUUUAGACUCUGACCAGGAUAUCAAGGAAGAAGAAGAGGACGUCUGUGAUGAUCUGGAUGACAUCAAUCCCACCAUUGCUCCAUUUGAAGAAGGAAUCGACCAGUAUCUCUCUCUAGAUGGACAACCCUACGUCAUGAUACCGGUAGAUAUGGAUGUUGCCAAAAAGUUGGGAUGGCCAAUUCAUAUGCUGCCUUCUAUGCCGAAAUGGUUGUCCAAGAUGGCAGAUAAUGAAGUGACAUCUACCGAUGUUUCAAGUACAGAACUUUUGGAUAUCCCAGAAUCUGAUUCAAGCACACAACAAAGCGGCGUAUAUAAUGCGUUAGAUUUGGAAAAAGAGACAGAAAUUGCUGUAAAGACAAUAAAAAUUGAAAUGCCAGACAUGGAAAUUGUAAAAGAGAUACCAGAAAUAAUGGAUUUUUCUGAAUCCAAUACCGAUCCCGCCAUUUCUCGAAAUGAAACGGAUUCAAAAGAUGAUGAAGUAGGAAAUGAUAUGGAUACCAAAUUAACUAGAAAUCCGCCAGUCUACACCGAGGACAAAAUGCCUACUGCUACUGGAGAAAUAAUGGACAAUUGUGGCGAUAAGAAAUUUGAUUUCUUGGCAAGUAUUCCAGAUGAGAGAGGUGACCAAGGAGGGUUUCGUUUUUCUAGUACUCCAAACCAAAGCCCUCUUCGAGAAGAGAUUAAAUUGAAGACAGUGAGCGAUCCACCAGAUGAGGAAAUGUAUCAAAAUUUUUGUCAAUCCCCAAAGUACUCUCCUAUAAAAUCUGUAUGCCAAGAGGACCAUCUCAAGCGUGAGCAAGAUGAAGCCGAACAUUUCAAGGAAGUUAUUCGACAAGAGAAGAAUUUCAGCCAAAACAAUUCCAACUGUGUGUCUAAUUCCAACACAACAAAAAAGCCGUCCAUUAUUCUUGAGAGUCUCCUAGAAAAUUCUGACACAGAAAUGGAUGACGUUAAAGGUACACCAAAAGAUGGAUCUGGAAAAGAAAUUAAUAGUGGACAUCUGACAUACGGUAAAGGGAAAGACAUUACAGUAGGAGGCUACAUGGAAAAACAGAAAUGUUCAGUGUAAUGUCUUUUUUGAAGUAUGGAUGAUGAAAUUUCCGACUGUGAUAGAUAAUUUGAAAAAAAGUUACAAAGCAAUUUCAUUGAUCAUUUUGUUUUAUCUCCAAGAUUUACUGCUUAAAUCUACUAAUUCAUUCAUUUGAUUCAAAUAAAGAUUACCUCUGAGGUCAUGUAAUCCAGAUGAUGUGCUCAAAUUUAUAGAUGGUAAGAAUGACAAUAUAAUAUUAUGAUUCAUUUUUCCUCAUCUAAAAUUUGAUAUUUUGAAAUGUGAGAAUAUAAUUCUUAGCAAUCUGAA